GUAUCUUUCAGAUGAAGGCAUUGAAGCUUGUACAAGCUCUUCCGGCAAAUUCAAUAUAAAUGACAUCAUCCUGAUUGCUCUCAAUACAGAUUUGAGAACGAUUGGCAAGAAGUUCCUUCCCAGUGACAUCAACGGUGGAAAGGUAGAAAAGCUUGAAGGUCCGUGUGUUUUACAAAUUCAGAAAGUCCGAAAUAUUGCUGCACCAAAGGAUAACGAGGAAUCACAGGCUGCACCAAGGAUGCUUCGUUUACAGAUGACUGAUGGGCAUACAAGCUGUAUGGCAGUAGAGUUCAAUUAUAUUUCAAAACUAAGUCUGAACACACCACCUGGCACGAAACUGAGACUCUCGGGCGUCGUGGACGUAAAGAACGGAUUCCUGCUCUUGAGUGACUCCAACACCACAGUUCUUGGUGGUGAAGUGGAGCACCUGAUUGACAAAUGGGAGUUACAGAGAAGAUUAUCAAAACAUAAUAGAAGCAACAUUGGAACUGAAGGUGGCCCACCUCCUUUUUUGCCCUUUGGACAGAAAUGUGAAUCUAAUGUCCAAGUGGAUAGCAGAGAACUUGAUCGGCGAAAGACAUUACAAGUUUCAUUGCCUGUCAAGCCUACAAAUGAUAACGAUGAAUUUGAAAAGCAAAGGACUGCUGCAAUUGCAGAGGUUGCAAAGAGCAAAGAAACCAAGACAUUUGGAGGAGGUGGAGGUGGUGCCAGAAGCAAUCUCAAUAUGGGUUCUGUCAGUCACCGAAGCAGGGAGGGUUUACAGAAGGAAAAGCCUUCCAAACCAGAGAGCAGACAUGAAGGUGUCUAUAGAGAACUGGUUGAUGAAAAAGCUCUGAAGCAUAUAACAGAAAUGGGCUUCAGUAAGGAGGCGUCGAGGCAAGCGCUUAUGGAUAAUGCCAACAACUUAGAAGCAGCGUUGAAUGUACUUCUAAACAGCAAUAAACAGAAGCCUGUCGUGGGUCCACCUCCUAGAGGUAGAGGGAAAGGCAGGGGCCGCACACGAUCUGAAGAUGAAGAGGACCUAGGAAAUGCAAGGCCAUCAGCACCAAGCACAUUAUUUGAUUUCUUGGAAUCCAAAAUGGGAACUUUGAAUGUGGAAGAACCAAAGUCACAGCCACAGCACCUUCACCAAGGACAGCACAGAGUGUCGAAUACUGAACAGAAUGGGAUAAAAGAGAGCAGCAAUCAAUCAAGACAUCUUCCUCGAAAUGAUACCAGGCAGCCAAGAAAUGAGAAACCUCCUCGUUUUCAAAGAGACACCCCCAAUUCGAAGUCAGCCUUAGAAAGCAGUGUAUUAUCAAGAAAUAGAGGUUCUGAAAGAUCCGGCAGUUCUUUUGGUUCAGAAGGGUGGGCAGAAGAGAAGAUCAAGUGUGAUAGGCCAUAUUCUAGAUAUGAUAGAACUAAAGACACUUUAUAUCCGUUAACUUCUCAGCACAACGAUGGCGCUUUUAAAAAAAGAGAUAACUCUAUGCAAAACAGAUCAGGACGAGGUCCAGUGUAUGUGGAGCCAAAAGAAAACCCACUUCCUCCAGAGUUCUUAGAUUACAGUAAUCAAAAGCGUGGGAAAAGAGAAAACCAAACAGGUAAUCCUGAUCACUUUUAUGACAGGAAAUCACGGACAAUGAAUAAUGAAACUUUUAGUGGUCUCAAAAUUGAAAAACAUUUUAGUGUAAAUACUGAUUACCAGAAUCCUGUCCGAAGUAAUAGUUUUGUUGGUGUUCCAAAUGGAGAGCUGGAAAUGCCACUGAAAGGAAGACGCAUAGGACCAAUUAAGCCAGCAGGCCCUAUCCCAGCUGUACCCUAUGAUGAUAAGAUAUUUUAUAAUAGUGGGUCCAAAAGAAGAUCUGGGCCAAUUAAGCCUGAAAAGGUGAUAGAAUCAUCUAUUCCUGUGGAGUAUGCAAAAAUGUGGAAACCGGGAGAUGAAUGUUUUGCACUUUAUUGGGAAGACAACAAGUUUUACCGAGCAGAAAUUGAAGCCCUCCAUUCUUCGGGUAUGACAGCGGUUGUUAAAUUCACUGAUUAUGGAAACUAUGAAGAGGUGCUAUUAAGCAAUAUCAAGCCCAUUCAAACAGAGGCAUGGUGUCCCCAUUCUCCAGUAUAAAUCAGCAAGAGCACAAAACCCAAUUGCAGUCUUCAGAUUUAGAGGCAUGGAUAUUUGUUGCCUUCUUAUUCAAGAAACACUAUUAUUUUCUAAGGUAAUUUACCAUUGUGCUUACAGUAUGAUAUUACUGUUGGUUCAUAGGAUUACUAAGAGGACACUUCCUUCAGCCUCAUUUCCUAAAGUUUCAAAGUUUUUCUCUAAAAAGACCGAGAUGUUAUCAUUUUCAGGUUUAUAUUUUUUUUCAUUCUUGGUAAAACUUGAUUUCACAUAUUUUUACUCUUCUUGAUCUCAUGUGAUGGCUAUUUUAAUCCCCCCUUUUUUGUUAACACUUUCUAAUCCAAUGUUAAUUGUAAAAGUGAUUAUUUACUGAAUUUAUACUCCUAGAAUUUGAAUUAUGACUUGGUAUUUUAUAUGCUUCCUGUUGGUUUUAGUCAUAGCAUUCAGUGUCAAAGUGAAAGUCAUGUUUUUAAUGUGUAUAGAAUGCUUACUUUAUCUAGAGGCUUACAUAAUAAAAGCUAGGCUCUCAUAUAGCACAGGCUAUCCUAAGUCAUGUAGCCAAGGAUGAACUUAAGCUGAUCCUUCUGCCUCCCCCUUUGCAGUGGUGGAGUUACAGGUGUCACUCUCAUGCCACCCUCAACGUCACAUUUUUAUGUAAUGUAGUUUUUAUAUUUUUAGAAGUCUUGGGGAUUAAUUUUACUCUUUCAGUUUUCUUCCUGUCAUUUUGCUCCUUUAGGGCAGUCAUUCCUGAUGACAUUUGUUGUUCCUCAUUGAAACUCCCCCAUUUAGAGGUGUUGAGUUCUGAAUUGCUACAGGCAUUACUUUUACCUUUCUACCUUAAUAGUCCUCAUGGCUCUCACCUUGAUUUUUAUUUGUGUGAGCAUAGCUGGAUGAUGGUUUUAUCAGAUGUCUUAGCUGGUUCAGUGAUUAUAUUCUGAGCCACAGGACACUUAGCUGAACACUCAUUUAUGAUUUAUUUUCACGUAUUUUAAGCUUGAAUAAGAUGCCUAAGCUAUUUUUGCAGAACAGCAUAAAAUCACUACAUCUUUUGGAGAUUUUGCCAUUUUUUUCCUCCUAAGUGAAGUGAAAUUUAUGCAAUUUAUUUUGCAUAAAUUAAUAUAACUGGAUCAUGGGCAUCAUUGCCAGGGGAAAGAUCAGCCAUUCUGUCUGCAAGGGUAGUUACAUGAGAGAAACAUCUCCUUGAAAUAUAGAUGCCACCAACUUAACAAUUCUUUCUCUAUCUCCAUUUAAACAAUAUCUAUGUGUUCAUAGAUACAUACAUAAAAAGCCACUGCAGCAAUACAAUCUAUGCAGAUGUCAGGACAUGUGAUGUAGAGUCAAGGUAGACUUCUCUUUUCCUUCUGAGAGUAUUUGUAUUGCAGUCUAUGAGCACCUUUCUGUAUACUGGAACUGUAUCAAGGUUAUGUUAAUCAAAGCUCUACAAAAUUAUAAGCAAAACAUCCACUGUACCAAUAGGAAGGCAACCUUAGUUUACUGACUCACUCUACAGAAAUAAAGGGCUGCAAAGGUGCAGUGAAUCUGGUAAGGGGCCUUAGCACAAUCACCCAUUUACACUGUGGAUUAUUGAACUUUCAGCUUUUAAAUUCUUGCACUACAUAUGUGUUUCUAUUUUUAUGUGAAAUAGUAUGUUUAUUUGGUUAUGGUUCAUGUUUAUUAUUGGCAAAAAAUGUUGGAAAAUCUUGUCUAAGUUUUCCAAAAAUACCAAUGAUCAUUUAGUGAAGAUGUUUUUCAAGUAAAGUGCAGAACAACCAAAAACAGCUUGCAUAUAAACUGAAAAGGCCUUUAUAAAAACAAAACAAAACAGUUGCUGGUCCUGCUUUUCAAAGAUGUAAGGAUAAAUUAAGUAAAAAGCAUGAAGUAUUACGAGAUAUAAAGACAAAGUUAAUAGUCGGUUGCAUGGAAAAAUAAAAUAAAAGUUAAUGCUUUAAAUUGAAGUGUUAAUGUUUUUCUCAUGAGGUUUAUGGGUUAUCUCACAUAUGUUAGUCAGUUGAAUAUCUGUUUAUUUAUCUCUCCAAUCUGGAUAUGUCCACCUUUUUAUUUCUAGGACAUAUACAGGGAUGAUACUUUAUUUUCUCAAAAUACACGUUCUGAGUUUGACUGAAUACAUUAUUCUUUGAAAGUGAUUUAUUAAAAAUCCUGUUGUGUUAACCUUGAA